GCUGCUGUGAAUGCACGGCCGCCGGCAACAACAAAGACAACCCUCCCUGCUCACACACACGCACACAGUCGGUUCACAGUACACGUCCACAACACACGUCCACAGACACACGUCCACACACGCGCGCGCGCUGGGAAGCAAUGCUGCAGCGGCCCGGGCACGCCGUGCAGGUGCGGUGGCGGCCCGUGCUUGUGCUGGCGGCAAUCUUGAUGAUCGGGUAUGUGCUGCUGAGCGACGUUGUGCUGGUGUCACGGCACGAUGGCCACGACCACGAGGGCCCAAUCAACCUCAAGUCCAAGCGCGAGCUGGAGCACGACCACCCCGAGUUUGGCGCCAACGGCCUGCGGUCCGGUGACGGCGGUGACGCCGCCAACGUCGAGAUGGCAGGCGGCCUGAGCGCACUGGACCAGAAGGAGAGGGAGCGGCAGCAGCAGCAGGUCAUACAGCUCAUUGCGCAGGUGGAGGACGAGACGCAGCAGGCGCGCAACCAGCUCGCGGCCAUCUUGCAGCAGAUUGAUGAGAAGUCCAACGAGAAGGACGCCCUGGCCAAGGAGGUUCGCAACCUUCAGGCCAACCUCGAUAUCGAGACCCAGGCACUGGAAACCCAGGCCAAGAAGAUCAAGGACCUCGGCGGUGAAGACGUGCUUGCCUUCAUGGACAAGUCUGACGGUGCCGCAGCAAAGCGGAAGCGCCAUCGCAAGCGCGACGCUGACGUGCCCGGUAAGCUGCAGCAGGCGCUGGGCAAGUCCAAACAGGGCAGCAACAGCAAUGACGCUGGCGGGCCCGAUGACAAGGAGCUCUCGCCAGAGCAGGUGCGCAAAUUGGAGGAGGAAAGCAUGAAGAAGAACGCCUUCAACGAAUACCGAAGCAGCAAGCUCUCUCUCCACCGCGAUAUUCCAGACUCACGCAACCCUCUCUGUCGUCAACAAGAGCAUCCAAGGGACCUUCCACAGGCAACCGUCAUCAUUUGCUUCGUCAACGAGGCAUGGUCAACGCUGCUGCGAACAGUGUGGUCUGUCCUUGACCGCACACCGCCGCACCUCUUGAAGGAGAUUCUCCUCGUUGAUGAUGCCAGCGACCAGGAGCACUUGCUUGAUAAGCUCGAAGUUGAAGUCCGCGACAACCUCCCAGACAAGGUGAAGCUGGUGCGGUCGCCGAAGCGGCUCGGUCUCAUCCGCGCGCGCGUGCUGGGCGCCGAACACGCCACUGCCGACUAUAUGGUGUUCCUGGACAGCCACUGCGAGGCAAACCUGGGCUGGCUGGAGCCCCUGCUGGCGUGGAUGGCCAAGGACAAGACACGUGUCGUCUGCCCAACCAUCGACCGUAUCAGUGCGCAGACGAUGGAUUAUGUCGGUGGUGGUGCGAGCUCGCGCGGAACGUUUCACUGGACCCUCGACUUCACGUGGGAAUACGCAGUCAGGCAACACGGCGAGACGCCAGCAGACCCAAUUAAGUCACCGACGAUGGCCGGCGGGCUGUUUGGCAUCAACCGCGACUACUUCUACGAGCUGGGCACCUACGAUAUGGGCAUGGACGGGUGGGGUGGAGAAAACCUUGAGAUGUCGUUCCGCAUCUGGCAGUGCGGCGGGAGUCUCCACAUCAUCCCCUGCUCCCGCGUCGGCCACAUCUUCAGAGACUGGCACCCAUACGCCAUCCCAAACAGCACGGUGAACGAGACGUUUCUGAAGAAUUCCAUCCGCCUUGCCGAAGUGUGGAUGGACGAAUACAAAGACAUUUUCUACGAUAUCAAGCCCUCCGCGCGCUCGGUUGACUUUGGAGACGUGAGCGAACGCAAGGCUCUGCGUGAAAAGCUUGGCUGCAAGUCCUUCAAGUGGUACCUUGACAACGUUGUGCCCGGCAAGCUCAUUCCAAACAGCGAUGUGGUGCUGCAUAAGGGUCAGGUUCGCAAUUCGCUCAACAUCUGCAUGGACAAAGGCGCUGGCUCGCUGGCGUACCCGUGCCACACCCCGGGCGUUCAUUCCACCAGCCAGGCGUUUUGGCUGACAGUGUACAAGGAGGUGCGGCACGUGUGGGACCUGUGCCUGACGUCACACGACAACAAGCGCGUGAUGCUGAGCACGUGUGGACCAAACAGCCGAAAGUGGGAGUACGACCACGCUGCGCGCACACUCAAAUUUGGCGGCAAGUGUCUCUCUGGGACGGCCUCUGCCAUGACGCUGGAGCCCUGUGACGGCUCGGCGGCACAGCAGUUCCAGUUCACAGACAAGAUGACUGCAUAGCGUGUGUGUGUGUGUGUGUGUGUG